AUGAGGUUGUCGGAAACUUAGUACAGCUGCACAACUCCGCUGCAACACUGUCGUCGGUUGACUUACAUCAUUUGUCGCUGCACAUGACCCACUAUUGUCUCCGGAAAGCUUGUGUUCAUUGUUCAAAUACAAUGCAUAUAAAAAAAGAAAAUCAAGGGUUUUGGUCUUUCCACCAAGUGAGUCUCUUAACAAGAUUGCUUAUGAAUAAAGGCAUAUAUGAACAAAGGCAAAAAGAUAACAGAGGAAUUGUUAUUGUGCACCAAAAUUCUCACUUUGUCAACCAUACACACUCUCCAAGAUCUGCUCCUACUAAAUUUGGCAUUUCAAAAACAUCUACUGUGGGUCCUUCUUGGGAAGG